GCAAUCGACGGCGGCAAGGACCACGCGGCGAUCGCUCCACUAGAGCGAUUCGACUUGAAAACGGGACUCCGCUCAGCUGCUUCUACAGCGACGACACCACCUGACAUCGCCCGGAGCUGUCAACUGCCCGACUCGACACGUUGCACGGCCGCAGUCUACGGUGAUUCAUCCGCGCCUAGAGAGAUUCUUUGUGAAGAAUCGCCCGCAGGAAGGACGUCGUCUUCUUUGGAGAGUUCGUCGCCGCCUCACUACUUCCAGUGGGGGUGGACUGUUGCGCAGGACUCUGCGGCGCGUUCACUCGAGCCCCGUGUGGAACGACGGUGUCUGGGCGUCGACGGACGUAGGGUGGCGGCGAAGACCACGAGCCCGAUGACCGUGGACCUGUCGCCGGGCCAGCAGCAGUCCAAGUGCUCGCGGCAGCAGCACGACGGCGACGCGAUGCCCGGCGGACCGGCGCCCCCGUCGUUCCUCAUCCGCGACAUACUGAGCGAGUCGGGAGCCCAGGGGGCCGCAGCCGCGGCGGCGGCCGCUGCGGCCGCUGCAGCCGCCGCCAGCCUAGCAGCGGCACAGGGGCUCGUACACAUGCCCUUCGGACAGCACCACCCACUUCACCCGAUGGCACACCACCUGCCCAGGCCGCCGAGUCCCACGGACAGCUACUCGAGACACUCGGACCGCGACGACGGCCACG